AUGCUUCGCACGCUCAUGGUGUUUCACGUCGCGGCUAGAAGACACGCAUCCUCCCUCCGCGGCGGGAUAGCUUCCACCACGGCAGCAUUUUUCGGCUCGAGACGGGCCCUCCUUCGCUUCCCGCCAGGCGCUGGGGCACGCAGCGGCCCCAUGCAGCAGCUCGGUGGCGUGCUGGGGCUCUUCUGCGGACCCCAGCCCACCGCGCAGCUCGACACGCCGCAGAAGGAUCGACAGGUGCUGGCAGACAGCACCGACUCUCCGGUCGACCGGGCGGCGGAGAGAGAGGCGCAUGUGGUCGUGCCGAUGACCCCAGAGUUCUUGCGGGAAGGCAUGAACGCUGCCGCUGCUGGCAUCCAGCCUUGGGACGACCGGCGGUUUAGAAGAGUGAAGCAGCUGCAGGAAGCCAAGCGAAACCACGGGUGCGUGGAGCUCAUGCGCGAAGGAGGGGUGGCACCUUCGUCGCCGUGA